CCAUGACAUGUCCUCUCAAAAGACCAAUAGAUGUGAGAUUUUCAUCUUUCUCCACUACACUCACAAAUUCUUUCACCACCUCCAUUAUACCUCUCCUUCCCUCAACAUCUAUUAAUCUCAAUUCCCACCUUCACUUACACAAUAGUAAUUAAUUAAUUAAGUAUUAAUUAAUUACUAAUCACCAACCAUGUCAAGCUCAAUGCAAAACGACACCGUUCAAGCCUCAUCUUCAUCGUCCCGGCCCGGCGGCUCCGAUCAACAACCAACAGCGGCAGUAGCUCCUUUGAGCCGUUAUGAGUCACAAAAGAAACGUGACUGGAACACGUUUGGACAAUACUUAAGGAACCAAUCACCACCAGUUUCUUUGUCUCAGUGCAACUUCAACCAUGUGCUUGAGUUCCUUCGUUACUUAGAUCAAUUUGGAAAGACUAAGGUUCACUUGCACGGUUGCAUCUUUUUCGGACAACCCGAUCCGCCGGCACCGUGUACUUGUCCGUUGAGACAAGCUUGGGGGAGUCUUGAUGCACUCAUCGGACGGCUAAGAGCUGCUUAUGAAGAACACGGUGGAUCGCCGGAGAAUAAUCCGUUUGGAACCGGAGCUAUUCGUGUUUACCUUCGUGAAGUUAAGGAGUGUCAAUCAAAGGCUAGAGGGAUCCCUUACACAAAGAAAAAGAAGAAGAGGAGUCAACUUAAGGGCACUCAUAAUACUACUUCUAAGUCUUUCAACCAAUUAGCUUCUUGAGAUUCAUGGGCAUCAAGAAUGACUUACUUGGAUUGGGGAUUCAACUUGCCAAGGAGAACAAGCAUGUCCAAGCUAGAAAUACAAGUACCAUCUGCACUUCAUUGACUGAAAAUUCAUCACAAAAGAAUAUUGAUGGAUCCCAAUUUGUAAAACAGAACGUCACAAUAAUGUUUUUGGAGCAUGUUUGUUCUGAGUAAGUCUUAAAUAUAUGUAUAACAACCUUUGUAAUUUUAUCACAUAUUAGACUUCAUCUUUAAAAUAGAAACGGUAAGAAUGCUGCCUAGCUUUA